AUGGGAGAUUUCAACACCAAGAUUGGAAGUAAUAAAGAUCAUGUAGCAUGUGGAAACUUUGGUUUAGGAGAAACUAAAGAAAGGGGCGAAAUGAUACUAGACUGGAUGGAAAACAAUAACCUGAUAGCUAUGGACACAUGCUUCCGGCACAGAUUGAAAGAGAAAGUCACGUGGGUAUCGCCAGAUGGCAGAUAUAUGAACAUGAUCGACUUUAUCAUAAUUAGAAGAAUAGAGAGAGUAGAGGUUAGAGACUGUAGAUCACUAGUGAGUGCUGACUGUGACUCGGACCAUCAUAUGAAAUCCCCAGCUACCAAACCAUGGAUUGCCAACGAAUGCUGGAGACUUAUCCAGAAACGCAAAAAAGAAAGAAAAAGAACCCAAAUGGAGAAAGCCACCGAACAGCAGCUGAGAGGGCAAAGAAGGCCUUGA